AUGGCCGCGAAGUCGGACGGAGGCGCGGCAGGAGCGGCGGCGGCGGCGACGCCUUCCCCGUCCUCGUCCUCGGUCUCCUCGGCGCCUGCUCCGCGGAGGGAGGGCUCGUGCUCGGGGGGCCUCUCCCGCUCCUCGGCGCGCCCGCCCUCCUCCUCGGGCCCGCUCCCCGCGCUCCCUCCUCCGGCGCUGCUCCUCCUGCGGGGACCCUCGCCCGCGCCCCCUCCUCCUCCUCCGCCGCCGCCGCCCCCGCUGCUCCCUCCGCCCUCCUCGGGGCCCGGGGCGCGCUACGGGGCGGGCGAGUGCGCCUGGGCGCUGGGCGCGCUGCUGGUCUUCUUCUCGGACGGGGCCAGCGACCUGUGGCUCGGCGCCCACUACUACCUCCGCGGGCAGCUCUGGUGGUUCGGCCUCACCCUCCUCUUCGUCCUCCUCCCCUCCGUCGUGGUCCAGGCGCUCAGCUUCCGAUGGUUCGUCUACGACUUCACCGCCCCGGCCUCCGCCUCCGCCGCCGCCGCCGCCACCGCCUCUUUCUCCGCCAAGCGCGGAGGCAAAGCCGCCUUCAGCACCAAGGACAGCGGCCAAGGCGGAGGAGGAGGAGGCAGCAGCCAAGGCGCCUCGCCCGCCCCGCUCCCGCCCCCUGCCGGGCCCCGCGGGUGCUGCAGGUGCUGCCUCUGGCUCCUCCAGACCCUCAUCCACCUCCUCCAGCUGGGACAGGUUUGGAGGUACCUGCGGACCAUGUACUUGGGUCUUCAGAGCCGCUGGCAGUCGGAGAAUCGCCGGCGCCACUUCUACUGGAGGAUGAUGUUUGAGAGUGCGGACAUCAGCAUGCUGCGGCUCCUGGAGACCUUCCUGAAGAGCGCCCCGCAACUGGUCUUGCAGCUGAGCAUCAUGGUGCACCAGAACUACAUUGAGCCCUUGCAGGGUCUCUCGGCCUCGGCCUCCUUGGUCUCGCUCGCCUGGACGCUGGCCUCGUACCAGAAGGUGCUGCGGGACUCGAGGGAGGACAAGCUGCCCAUGUCCUACAAAGGGGCAAUGGUGCAGAUCCUGUGGCACCUCUUCACCAUCGCUGCCCGAGCCAUCGCCUUCGCCCUCUUCGCCUCCGUGUUCCAGCUCUACUUCGGCAUCUUCAUCGUGACCCAUUGGUGCAUCAUGACCUUCUGGAUCAUCCAAGGCGAGACGGAUUUCUGCAUGUCCAAGUGGGAGGAGAUCAUCUACAACAUGGUGGUGGGCAUCAUCUACAUCUUUUGCUGGUUCAACGUCAAGGAGGGGCGCAGCCGGUGCCGCAUGUCCAUCUACUACAUCAUCACCUUGUCGGAAAACGCCGCUAUGACGGGGCUCUGGUACUGGCACCGGAGUGAGAGCAUCUCCGAGUCCAACGCCUUAAUCAUCGUCUGUGUCGUCACCUCCAGCUUCGCCUUAGGUGUCUUCUUCAUGUUCAUCUACUACUGCCUCUUGCACCCCAACGGGACCAUUUUCGCCACGCAGAGCACGGGGUGCAUGUGCCGAGAGGAGGCCACGGCAGUCCCGGGCGGCGCCGGGGACGUGGUCACCAGCCCCCCGCGCUCCUUGCCGAGGACUACAGGGGCCGAGAGGGAGGGGGUCCCCGGAGACAGAGACAGCUGUGUGCCGGUCUUCCAGGUCCGGCCCAGUGUGCCCCCGACCCCCGUGCCCCGUGCGCCACGGACAGAAGGCCCCGUCAUCCGCAUUGACUUGCCCCGCAAGAAGUACCCCGCCUGGGAUGCCCACUUCAUCGACCGGCGCCUCCGGAAGACCAUCCUGGCGCUGGAGUACAGCUCGCCCACCACGCCGCGGUUGCAGUACCGCAGUGUGGGGACCUCGCAGGAGCUGCUGGAGUACGAGACCACUGUGUAAAAAGGAAAGAAAGAACACAAAACAGGCGAAGCUCCUGGCCCUGAGUGUCCCAAAUGUGGGGUGACCCAGGCCUGGCUUCUGAGCAGCUGAGGCAAAUGGGCUUCAGGAUCCGUUCUCUGUUCUAUGGGGAGCAAGGGGGUCGGGGGCCGCCACAGCAGCCGGCUGCACCCUUGUCUCUCAUUAGCAAUUUUGGUUUGUUGUUCCUCCCCGUACUGCACUGAAGACCCCCCCCCCGGCGACUACCCUCCUGUCUCUUCCUCCUCUCCCAGGUGGGCUACAAUUCUGGUGCUACUUUCCCUCUCCUUGAUCAACGGGCUAGGGAAACGAGGCUACCGUCUUUCCCCUAUUUAGCCUAGUUGGGUCUUCAUCCUAUCUCAGACCCCAUGCAAGAGAAGCGGUGCCCCACGUGCACCCCUGUUUGCUCUGGCAAAGCGGUGGCAACGGCCUCUCCCCAAAUACCUCACCUGUUACCUGAGCCAGGUAGCCGAGGCCUCUUGUCUGGAGUCCGUGGGUUUCUGCUACUUAAGAGCCAUCAUUGUCAAGGGCUGACAGGGAAAGGGAGGGAUCGUUGCAGAGAAGGUUCGUUUACAGUUGCAGCGUUAAUUGCCCGACUCCAGCAGAGUGAGGACAAGGGGAUAAACUUGUCCCGCUGGGAAGCACAGCGAGGGUUUUGCUUGCAGGACAUCAGCUCUAGUGCUCAGAAAAGAGAAAUAAUGCCGUACUCUUGGUUUUACUACCCCUCCUUUCCCCAUUUUGUCCUUCAUUUCUGCAGGGAAACAGGUGCUUUGGAGGUAAAGGGUGCGUCCACACGACACAAUUAUAACAUUUUGCUACCACUAGAAGAAGUGUCACAGCUCCAACCUGGGAUGACUAGUUUCACAAGGUGCUUAGAACUUUCUUCUUCAGUCCAUUAGAGUGCAUUGAAGGACUACAAAUCCCAUAGCCAUCAAAGUGGCAUCAAUGUCCUAUAACUGUGUACUGUGGAUACAUCCCAAGUGACAGGAGAUGCGGCAUGACCCAGGGUGCAUCUACACCAGUGGUUCCCAAACUUCUUUGGCCUACCGCCCCCUUUCCAGAAAAAAAUAUGACUCAGUGCCCCCUGGAAAGGGGGGGGCGUGGCUUAGAGGGGUGGGCGUGGCUCCUGCUCAAGAGGGCGGGGCUGAGCCUCUCCCCAGUCCAAGAUGCAGAGCUGGGAGGGGGAGGUGGGCGGAGCCACAAAUGGGCAGCCAGGACUGGGAUGGGUGGAGUUACGAGCUCUGAGGCAGGGCUGAGCUUCUACCCCUGUCCUGCGGCGCCUUCCAGAACACAGGAGGCGGGGCUAGAGGAGGGGGCGUGGCCUCUUCCUGAGUGCCUGAUGGGGAGGAACCUCUACACCCCGCCCCGUGUUCUAACAAGAAAUUCAGCCCUGUCUCGCGCUCUUGGGAAGAGGCCCCGCCCCCACCCCUAGCCCCGCCCUUUAGUCCUAAAAGACCUCUCAGGAGAGAUAUAGAGGCUCAGCCCUGUCUCGGGCUCUUGGGAAGAGGCCCCGCCCCCACCCCUAGCCCCGCCCUUUAGUCCUAAAAGGCCUCUCAGGAGAGAUAUAGAGGCUCAGCCCUGACUCAGGCUCUUGGAAGGAGGCCCCUCCCCCUUCUCUAGCUCCACCCUCUGUGUCCCAACAAGCACCUCAGGUGCUCAGCCCUGUCUCUGGAACUUGGGAAGAGGCCCUGCCCCUCCCCUGGCCCUGCCCCUGUGUCCUAAUAGGUGCCAUCACCGCCCCCCUGUAUCACUGCAGCGCCCACCAGGGGGCGGUAGCACUCCCACUUUGGGAAUCACUGACCUACACUAGAGAAUUAAUGCAGUCUGACAGCCUUUUGACUUCCAUGGUUCAGUGCUAAGGAAUCAAGGAGAACUUUGGUUUUAUAAGAUCUUUAGCACUCUUUGCCAAAGAGUGUUGGUGCCUCGCCAAACUAUAACUCUCAGGAUUCUGUAUCAUUGAGCCAUGAUAGUUAAAGUGUUAUCACACUAAAUUCAUUCUACAGUGAAGAUGCACCCACAGUCUCAUAGUGUUUUGGUCCUGCUUUUACCUGCUGUGACUGCAUUCUAUGGAAUUCUGGGAUCUGUAGUUUAUGGGGAGCACUAGAGCUCUCUAGAAAAGGAUUCUCAAUACCUUACUGAACUACAAGUCCCAGGAGUCCAUCAGAUGGAGACAGAGUAUUUGAAGUGGUAUCAAAGCCCUGCAAUAUUAUGAGAACGGAAAGAUCUAUGGAUAGUAUGCUAUACAUUCCUGGUACUAGGCAUCUGCAUUUCCGAGGAUGAUGGGAGUGGUGGUUGGUGGGGGCGAAAUAGGACAACUGUAAAUUGCUCACCUCCCUACGUUUGUUUGUUUAAAUACAUGUUUGUAAAAAAAGAAUAAUAUUGACACUGAGGGCUUCCAGAAAGAGUGAAACCGAAUAGGUCAAAGAGGUGUUUGAACCUUUGAGGGAUUCUGGGAGUUUUAGUCCCCUCUCCCCCAAAAGGUAACAUGCCAAGGAUGCCAAGCCUGUCUAAUAUACCUUGCAGCUUUACCUUGGGUUUUAUACCACAUUCUCUUCCCCAAACAGGAGCGUGAAUGUGUGAGUAUGUGUGUGUAAUACUGUACGACCCCUGUAUCCGCUGUUUCGUUUAUCCACGCCCAACAAAAUACGGUUCAAUGCUGUGGAAUCAUGGAAGUUGUAGUUGGUUCCAGAUAUAGUGAAGUUCCCCACCUUUGCCUAAACAUCCAUGGAGCUCAACAGGGCUUACUUUUGACAUCGAUAUACCCUACAACUGUUCCAGUUUGGCAGAGACUCUCCCCAUUCAUCCUCUGAUUGCGAUGUUCAGUUCUGUCUAUGGAGAUUUCAUUGCACACAUGUGAUGGCGAAAUGCUAACAGAGGACAGAGAAAAGGCAGAACGACUCAACCCCUUCUUUGCCUCGGUCUUCUUUCUCUCAAAAGGCAAACGGAAGGUGUAGUAGAGGAAAUGCAGCACAGAGUAGGUAAAGAGGCAACACAGGGAUACCUAGCUAAUCUAAAUGUGUUCAAGUCUCCAGGGCCAGAUGAGCUACAUCCAAAAAUAUUGAAGGAACUAGCAGAAGGAAUUUCAGAACCAUUAGCAACCAUCUUUGAGGAUUUUUGGAGGAUAAGUCCUAGCAGAAUUUGGCAGAGAUGGUCAUGUUUAAUCCUCUGUUAUCCGACUUUUUUGGCUGCUUUACAAAUGCUAGAUAUGCACAGAUCAGGCCUGUAGCGAGGGGGGGGGGGGUUAGGGGUUCAACCCACCCCCCCCCCCGAAAUUUUUCAAGUUAUAAAAAAAAUCUCGUUUACUCAUGAAUUUUAACUGGUUAACCAAAUCCCCAUGCUAAGUUAUGAGAUGCAAAACAUUAAGAGUCCCUCCAGGCACUAUCUCAAGCAGAUAUUGACAGGUUUGUAGCGGGGAGGGGUAUGUGCUAGGGGUUCAAACCCCCCCCCCCCGAAAUUUUCAAAACCCCUCCCAAAAUUUUUUUCUGGCUACGGCCCUGGCACAGAUGUCUAUGUAUCUAUGGAAAGUCAAGUGGUGUAAUGCAGUAUAUGUCAGGACACCCGUGUCCUGAAUGAUUGAUGAGUCAGGUCUCACCUCUGCUCAUCCGUUAGAACACUUUAGUGACUACCAAAGUGGCACUAACAAACACGACAGCAUAGUCGUUAUCUGCUGAUCCCAGCAGCACUAAAAACUUUAUUUACAAGAAUAUUUACAAAGAUAAACAGCCAAAGCUGUUCAGACACAUCUUGCCUCCGCAAGAAGAAAUCAUGGAGUCACUCUCAGUCUGUUAUCAGUAAACUUUAAGUACAUCCCACAUUCCACAGUCCAUGACAUAUCUUCCUGCUACAUAGCUCAAAUGGAAGUCUUGAUCCUUUGCCCUUCUAGCCAUCAAUCAGGGCUCGCUGCAAUUAACCUCUUGACUGCUUGAAUGCUUGCUAGAGCAAAUACACACACUUACACAGCAACAAUUAAUUAAACAUUUCACUACAUAUCACAAAAACCAUAACAGUGUAUACGAAUAUAGAGGUUUUUAAGAAAAUAAUCUAAAUAUAAGUGUUUUAGCCUACACACUAUCGUAUGACUUAGACAUAUUUAUAAUACUAUAAAUGUGAAAAGAAAAAAUGUGUAUCCUGUUUAUACAGUGUCCAGACAGGGUACUCACUCCUAUAACGACAUUAAUUAUAACAAAUACAAACUGAUAUAAGUCACACAAGAACAAAUAGCACCACGUUUGAAUACCACUUGUAUCAAUUUAUUUAUUUAUUAUUUAUUUACAGUAUUUAUAUUCCGCCCUUCUCACCCCGAAGGGGACUCAGGGCGGAUCACAUUACACAUAUAGGCAAACAUUCAAUGCCUUUUAACAUAGAACAAAGACAAGACAAACAUAGGCUCCGAGGGGCCUCGAACUCAUGACCUCCUGGUCAGAGUGAUUCAUUGCAGUUAAUUGCAGCUGGCUUGCUCUCCCACCUGCACCACAGCCCGGGCCUAUCAAUCAAUACAGUGAAUGUACACAGACUUGAAAUCCUCUAUCAUUGUCAGAACAGGUGGUGCUAUUUGUUCUUGUGUGACUUAUAUCCGUUUGUAUUUGUUAUAAUUGAUGUUGUUAUAAGAGUCGGGACACUGUAUACACAGGAUAUACAUGUUUUCUUUUCACAUUUAUAGUAUUAUAAAUAUGUCAAAGUCAUAUGAUAGUGUGUAGGCUAACACUUGUAUUUAGAUUAUUUUCUUAAAAACCUCUAUAUUGGUAUAUACCGCAUUACACCACUUGACUUCCCAUGCUUUACAAAUGCCCCGGUUUCUCUCUAGUCCUCCUGCCUUCUCCCUUUUGCCCUGGGAUGGCACCAAUUGCUGCAAGCUGAGCCCAAACUUCAGGCAUAGUUUGUAUUCAGUGAACUGGGAGGGCGAAGUUGAGAUAGUUUUUCCUCUUUCCCUUCCCAGUCGGCUCCGGCAAAAGCAAACUGCUGCAGUCUUUCCAAACCGGUCUGUUUUUCUUCAUUGCCACCUUUGCCAUCUUGACCACACACUGACAUUGCCAGGGUUUUCACUCUGAAAGCUUUCUUCUGUGAAAUGCACUGAUACAAUUGUCAGCUUUUGAGAUACAAAGCUCUCUUCUUCAAGGCCAUGUAUAAAAAAAUAAAACAAAAAACCAGACGUGGGAACAAGAUGCCGUUACAUUAUGCAACAAUUUUUUAAAAAAUCUGUUCCUGGUUUGAAAGUGUUAUUUCCUGUUUAAUUGUGCCGCACUUACUUUGAAAGGAGUUGUUCUACUCCAGAAACUUUUUUUCCUGUGGCACAAAAUAUGUUGAAUUGGUUGAGACUCAAUAAGAUAUUCAUUGAAAAACUUAAGAGCCAAAUAUCCUAUAGUAAGAUUUAUUUAUUUAUUUAUUUGCAGUAUUUAUAUUUCACCCUUCUCAUCCCGAAAGGGACUCAUGGCAGAUCACAAUGCACACAUAUACAUGGGAAAAAUUCAGUGCCAUUAGAAAUAAGACAUAUAGACAGCCACAGAGGCAUUUAAACAUUUCCCAGCUUCUGGGAGCUGUCGCUUCAUCGUUCAUUUGUGACACUGAAUCCUUGAUGGAGUACGUCCUCAUUCUUUUCACACACUGCUGGAGGUUUUUGUGGUGUUGUAAAUUAGUUAAAUUAGCCUCCCCGCAUAAAGCGGUACCUAAAUUUCCUACUCGACAGAUGCCGCUGUCUUUCAAGCUGCAUGGGUCAACAGCAAGCUAGGCUAUUAAUGGUCGGGAGCUCAACCCAACUCAGGCUGGCUUCGAACUCAUGACCUCUCAGUCAGUAGUGAUUCAUUGUAGCUGUCUACAAUAAAGUUUGGGUAAUUUAAUAAACUUUUCCCAUGUUUUUAUGAUAGAACCAAUUAGGAAAUGACAUUGAUAACCCAGGAACAAAAAUUGUGUUACUUCGUGUAACGAAUAAACGGAUGAAAAUAAUAUCCUAUAAUAUUCCCCCCCCACCCCACCCCCUCGGCUUGGAUUUAAUUAAUGACAGUCAAGAAGAUGGAGAUGAUACAACCAAGGCUUUUCUGACAUUUUCGUAGCUUCUGGAGUAUUUAAUUUUUUGCAAAGAGAGACAGAAUGUGUUUCCAUUGCAAGGAACAGUGUUUCCUAUGCAGGAGACUCGGUGCAGGAUGUGCAUUUUUAGCCUGGCCAUACACAAGAUUGGAAUUCACCUGGAGGACUAUAGUUCCCAGUAUCCCCAGUCAGCCCAGUAUCUAGGGGAAUCCUCAAUGUUAUAUUCCCCAAAAGGAUCAAUUCCAGGCAUGUUAGGCAUUCCAUUCCCCCAGUUUGCCAUAUCUUGCUCAUUUCCAAGUCCUACUAGACUGAAACCAUUAGCAAAGAAUGCCCAUUUCCCAUGACAGAAUACAUCCCAUGCAAUCUGAUUUAUAGGAUUUUUUUUACCAGUAAGGCCUGAAGGUUUGUCAAUGUACCUAGAGAUACAUAGUAUUCGAUGGUGCUGAUUUGGAAAUCCCAAUUAAAUCCUCCGCCAUCCCAUUUUUUCAGUUGCUUUUAAAAGGUCCUGGUUUCUCCCUCUUUCUCCCUUCAUCCUCAGCUUAUUUCCAUUGCUGCAAACCAGGAUCCACAGUGCACAGUGCAUGCAAUUAAAUCGAGACGGGAAAAUGAAGGGACGGCAUUUCCAUCUGUGAAAUGGUGGCAUUUCGGCUGAUAACUCCAAAAAUUAUCCAUCACUUUGCAGCCCUUGGAUAUGACAUUGCCCGGCGGAUAGGUGCUAAAGCUCCACUGAUGGAGAGCCUUCUUGGGUCCUAUGGCUGUUGUCAUGGUGCUGAUAACAUCCGCUUGUGUAAACUUCCCAAAAUAGUUGGUCCGGCAUACGGUAUUACUCACGCCUGUUCCAAAAUAGCAAAAAUGCCCGUUUUUCUGUGAGAGGUGCUAAAUGCAAGGAGGGGGCCUGGGAGGGAGAGCCGUUCAAUAAUCCACAACUAGGGAUGCAUCUGCACUGGAGAAGGAAUGAACUUGGUUUGACACCACUUUAACUCCCGUGACUCAGUGCUUUGCAAUCCUAGAGUUGUGCAUUUGGGCGUGGCACCAUCGCUCUUUGGCAGAGAAGCUUUGAAGUCCUUGCAAAACUACAUCUCCCAGGAUUUUCGAGCGCUGAGCCACAGACAUUAAAAAGUAUCAUCGAGGAGUAUUAAUUCCACAACUCCCAGAAUUUCAUAACCUUGAGUCAUGGUGCUUAAAAGGAGUAUCAAAUUGCAUUCAUUCUGCAAUGUAGAUGCACUCUUAAGUUGUUUAUUCCAAUUGGUGAUAUUAUAAAGGCAGAAUUGAUCCGACUCUGAACAUAUUGGUCAUUGCAAUUUGUUGGAAGGUUGUCACUGGACCUCUCCUAGGUCCCAUCUACACUGCCAUACAAUGUAGUUUGAAACUGCAUUAUAUAGUUUGUAUGUACGUAGACCAGGUAUGAGUAAACUUGGACCUUGCAGGUGUUUUGGACUUCAACUCCCACAAUUCCUAACAAUGUCAGGUCCCUUAAUCUUAAGCAGCUGAAGGGGGAAAAGAAGGGGUCUGAGGCUGUUAGGAAUGGUGGGAGUUGAAGUCCAAAACACCUGGAAGAUCCAAGUUUGCCCAUGCCUGAUGUAGACUCCUAGAAUGCAAUCAAUUGCUGGUGUCAAACUGCAUUAAUUCUGCAGUGUAGAUGCACCCUUAAUCUUGUCUAUUGUAAAUUCCAAUUGGUGAUAUUAUAAAGGCAGAAUUGAUCUGACUCUGAACAUAUUGGUCGUUACUAUUUGUUGGAAGGCUGUCUCUGGACCUCUCCUAGGUCCCAUCUACGCUGCCAUACAAUAUAGUUUGAAACUGCAUUAUAUAGUUUGUAUGUACAUAGACCAGGCAUAAGUAAACUUGGACCUUCCAAGUGUUUUGGACUUAAGUGGUGGAGGGGGAAAAGAAGGGGCCUGGGGCUGUUAGGAAUGGUGGGAGUUGAAGUCCAAAACACCUGGAAGAUCCAAGUUUGCCCAUGCCUGGUGUAGAUUCCUAGAAUGCAAUCAAUUGCUGGUGUCAAACUGCAUUAAUUAUGCAGUGCUAAUGCAUCUCAAGAGUCUUCAAAGACCGCAAACUGAAUAUGAGCAAACAGUGUUGGAUGCAGCAGUAAGUUGCAUUAAUAGGAAAAUAGUGUCCAGACUGAAGGAUAAUCAUAGAACCCAGACUAUUCUGCUUUGUUCGGGAAUCACCUGGAAUAAUAACCCUGUGUCCAAUUCAAGAAGAAUAUGGUGCCAAGCUGCAUUAAUACAUUAAUAGGAGGAUAGUGUCCAUACAGAAGGAUAAUCAUGGAACCCAUUCUGGGGUUGUUGUAUGUUUUCCAGGCUGUAUGGCCAUAUUCCAGAAGUAUUCUCUCCUGACGUUUUGCCCACAUCUAUGGCAGGCAUCCUCAGAGGUUGUGAGGGAUAUCCCCAAUAGAACCCAUUCUAUUCGGCUUUGUUUAGGGAUCACCUGGAAUAACCCUGUGUCCAAUUCAAGAAGAAUAUGGUGCCAAUCUGCAUUAAAUCCAACAAUGUAGAUGCAACCUUAAGACAGCAAAAGGGUUGAUAUACCUUGGGGACGGAGAGACCUGCCCGGCCGCUCUCUAUGCACUCUUUAGCCACGGUUUCUCCUCUCGGCCUUUCGGAACGAGAGUCCUCAACACCUUUGCAAUAAUCUCAAAGAGCUGCUCUCAAAACGGAAAGCGUUGGCCGCUCAGGCUUCUCUUCCCCAAACUUGGAUAUAGGUGUAUCUAUAGGGCUCUGUGUUUUGGAUAUAGGUGUAUCCAUAGGUCUCCAUAUGUCGAAAGAGAUAAGAGAGGAAAGGAAGGUAGUUGCUUACCUGCAAAAGGUAGCUAGCAAGUCAGAGCAGUGAGUUGGAACAUCUAUAAACUUGGGCUUUCCAGGAGUUUUGGAUGUUUGGGUCCGAUGCCGAAAUGUUGAUUUUCAAUGCCAGGUGCCUGUUUUGGGUUCAGAUUUGUUAUGUUUUGUCUAAAGCUGAAUCUACACUGCCAUAUAAUCUUCUUCUUCUUCUUCUUCUUCUUAUUAUUAUUAUUAUUAUUAUUAUUAUUAUUAUUAUUAUUUAUUUGUUUAUUUAUUUAUUUAUUUUUCUAUCCUGCCACCAUCUCCCCGAAGGGACUCAGGGCGGCUAACAUGGGGCCAAGCCCAAAACAAACAAAAUGUAACAAGUUAAAACCAAUAUAAACAACUAAAUCCACAUUAUCUGCUUUGAACUGGUUGAUAUGACCUUACACUGCUAAAGCAGAUGAUCUGGAUUUUAUAUGACAGUGUAGACAGGGCAUAAGAAGGCAGUGUGUGGGAGGGCAUGAAUUUGGUAUCCAGAAUAUAUAUAUAUAUAUGCUGGGAAUGAGUUGGACAAAUGUGUGUUUGCAGUGCGUAAUGCCGUAUAUUUAACAAGACAGACAGACCGAAACACCAUCCGUUGGCACAGAUACAGAUAAGACAUGGGAGAAAUAAAUAAAAGGACAUUUUAAAGCGAUCAUGUGCUGAAACCUGAACUGUUUGGUGUUUUGUUCUACUGAGCAAUCCUUUUCGGGUGAAGAUGUAGUUCUCCGAGCCCUGGCUCCAUGGAUCCCUUUCGAUCAAUGUUGGCGGCAAGUGGCCGGACACAUUGUCCCGAUUUCCCUUCUCCAAACACCUUUGCCCUGAUUUUCCCUUCCUUUCUCUUCCCUCCUGAAAUCUGUGAUCUGGUCCAUAAAUAAACCAUCAACCUUGUACAUAAAUCAAGUGCGCCUUCUUCUAUGGACUCCCCACCCAGAGCUGAAGAAGGGGGCCAAGGUUCUGUACCAAGACUCUUUUUGUAUACCACAAACUUUUUGUAUAUUUUUAAUUCUACUGCAACAUGAUAUUAAAUUCAUUUCAAUUAAAAAACAAAA